UCGACAAUGUACUUCUUUCUUGCACUAAAUUGCAUUCAAUCUCCGCUGUAUAUCUUCUCAAGAUCCCAACUCAGCCUCUGCUGUACUUCAACCACAUCUGAACACUUCAGUACUUUGCUUCUGUCAGCGAAAACUCCCAUCAUGGUGCAGUCAAAAAAGUUCAGAGGGGUGAGGCAGCGACAUUGGGGUUCUUGGGUUUCUGAAAUUAGACAUCCUUUACUGAAGAGGAGGGUCUGGCUAGGCACAUUUGAAACAGCAGAAGAGGCAGCAAGAGCCUAUGAUCAAGCUGCAAUCUUGAUGAGUGGUCGUAAUGCGAAAACUAACUUUCCAAUACCUCAAACUUCAAACGAGGAGGACCCAAAAUCAAGUGAUGAAGCUUCACUCCCAACACCACCAAAUGGUUUGUCUGAGAUCCUCCAUGCUAAGCUAAGAAAGUGUAGCAAGGCACCAUCACCAUCAAUGACUUGUUUGAGGCUUGACACUGAGAACUCACUAAUUGGGGUUUGGCAGAAGCGUGCAGGUGAGCGUUCUGACUCAAAUUGGGUCAUGAGAGUGCAGCUUGGACAGAGAGAAAGCCAAGUUUCUGAGAGUACAUUGCCAUUGCCUCAGUCUUCAGGGGGGGUAUCAGAGCCAGAAUUGAGAGCAGAAAUGGGUGAAGAUGAGAGAAUUGCACUGCAAAUGAUUGAAGAGCUUCUGAACAGGAAUUGUCCUAGCCCUUCUUUUGGGGUUCAAGAUCACGGAGACGGUAGCCUUUUUCUUUAGCUAUGAUCAUGGGAUUUCUCUGAAUUUGUGUGUUUUGUUUAAGGAAGUGGUUAAGGGCGUAUAGGAUUGCAAGUGACAUACGUCUAGUUUAAUUUAUAUAUACAUAUAAAUAAUAUAAUUUGUCUAUUUUAAUUAAUAUAUACAAAUAAUACACUUAUAAAUAUUUAUGGCUCAGAUUAAGAAAAGGGUGGAGAAGAAAUUGAGGAUAUAUAUUUAUAUAUAGAAAAUAAUGGAAAUAUGAUUUAAAA